UCUUGACUGCAACUUACGACACGAACUCUGCCGCUUAUCGUCCACUUCGGUCGCACACGCGAGCAGACAUCGGAGUGAUGAUGCUUGGCAAAUAUAAAGAUGACGGCAUCGUCUCCGUCGUAUGAAUAAGCAGCGGAGGGUGCACGUCGUGCACGACUAGGCAGUUCCCGGCCGAUCGUAAGACUCGAUCGCGAUUCUUCUGUUUCGCGUCGAAACGAUUCCCUGGAAAUGGAAGUGAAAUCAAUGUUCGGCAGCUCAAGAUGGAUCCUCGUGUUAGGGGUACUAGUGGUGAGCCUAUCGGCCUCGUUUGUGCAAGCAAACUAUCCUCCUCCUCCUCCUCCAGAGAGAUUGACUGGCAUGAAUCCAUGUAUCAGUAAACAGACAUGUCAUGAAUGCAUACAGACUCCACAUUGCGCUUGGUGCGCAGCACCAAAAUUCCCGGAGAAAAGGUGCUUCCUGCCAAACAUCAAUACUAAAAUAUCUGCGACGUGUCCUUCUGAGCACACAUGGAACCCAGACAUCGUCUUCAUUAGGCUGCGACAUCGAAACUUGACAAAGGGUGGUUACGCCACUGGUGGCGGAGGAGUAGGAGGAUAUGGUAGCAUCGAGAGUUCAUAUUCCAAUUUUUCAUCUUCCAGCUCGUCUUCUUCACAUUCUCAUAAAGAGAGUUGGGGCGGUAGUGGAAGCAGAAGGCAAGAAGCUGUGCAAAUGUGGCCGCAAGAAGUCAAUCUAAAGCUCAGAAUAAAUGAAGCUUACGGAAUGCAUUUCGCUUAUUCGCAAGCAGAGGAUUAUCCUGUCGAUCUCUACUAUCUUAUGGAUCUGAGCAAAUCUAUGGAGGACGAUAAGAAAAAACUAUCUGACUUGGGCCAGUUAUUGGUCGAGAGUAUGAGCAAGAUUACGAGCAAUUUUCGUCUGGGCUUCGGUAGCUUUGUCGACAAAGUCGUGAUGCCGUACGUCAAUACGGUGCCGAAAUCUCUUAUCGAACCGUGUGACGGUUGCGCGGCGCCUUACGGAUACAAGAAUAUCAUGAGGCUUUCUCAGGACACAAGCAAAUUUGCGGGAUUAGUACGUAACGCGUCAGUAUCCGGCAACCUUGAUGCCCCAGAGGGUGGGUUUGACGCGAUCAUGCAGGCGAUAGUUUGCCGGAAUCAGAUCGGUUGGCGCGAGAAGGCGCGCCGGCUGUUGGUAUUCUCAACAGACGCCGGUUUUCACUACGCGGGCGACGGCAAGCUGGGUGGUAUUAUCAAACCGAAUGACGGUCUCUGCCAUUUGGAUACCAGUGGCAUGUACACUCACUCGUCUCUGCAAGACUAUCCGAGCAUCUCGCAGAUCAACCUGAAGGUGAAGCAGAACGCGAUAAACGUCAUAUGGGCGGUCACUGAGGAACAGAUCAAUGUCUACAAGCGACUGACCAAGCAGGUGGAAGGUUCCUUUGCUGGUAAACUCUCAGAUGAUUCCAGCAACGUCGUGGAACUGAUCCGCGAACAGUACGACGCUAUCUCAAGCUCGGUGGAGAUGAAAGACACAGCCAGCAGUGCAAUCAAGGUAAAAUACUUCUCAAGCUGCUUGGGCACUGGACCAAUGAUUGAGACGUCAAAAUGCGACGGAUUGAAAGUCGGUACGAAAGUGGAGUUCGUUGCAGAGAUCGAGGUUACCAGCUGUCCGGCCAACAGAUCGGAAUGGAAACAGAAGUUUGAUAUUUAUCCGGUCGGUAUCAACGAGACCCUCACCGUGAAUUUGGAGAUGUUGUGCGACUGCGAGUGCGAGCGUCAAGGUCACAUGUAUGAGGAACAUGCACCCGAAUGCAAUGGCAUGGGCACACUCAAGUGCGGUGUUUGCGAGUGUUACGAUGGAUUUUUCGGCAAACACUGCGAGUGUAGCUCACACCAGGAGCUCACUGGUUUCGAUAAGCACUUCCAAUCCUGUCGUCCUGACAACACCUCCCUCGUCGACUGCUCCGGCCGUGGUACGUGCGCCUGCGGUCAAUGCGAGUGCGAGGAGCGGGAGAAUCCGGAAGAGAUAAUAUCAGGACAUUUCUGCGAGUGCGACAAUUUCUCUUGUGAUCGUGAUCAAGGUAAGCUCUGCUCUGAUCAUGGCACCUGCGAAUGCGGUCAGUGUGUCUGUAAUUCUGGCUGGACCGGACCAUCCUGCAACUGCAGGUCUUCUAAUGAUUCCUGCAUCGCGCCAGGAACUACGAACGGUGUGCUCUGCUCAGGUCAUGGUGACUGUAUUUGCGGAGAGUGCAUCUGUCACGAGGAAGGCAGCAUUCGGUAUUCCGGUAAACACUGCAAUAAGUGCCCGACCUGCCCAAGUCGCUGUGAAGAGCUGAAACCCUGUGUACAGUGCCAGAUGUACGGCACCGGAAACUACAGCGUUCCGGAGGAAUGCGCGAGGAAUUGCAAGGAAUUUGUACCUGAGGGAGUCGAGACAGUGAUCGUCGAUGUGGACAACGACGAGGUGCCAUGCUUUGGCACGGACGAGGACGACUGCAAGUAUAACUUCGUCUACUACUACAAUGAGACCAAUUGCCUGCAAGUGCGCGCUCAGAACGAGCGUGAGUGCCCGCCGCAGGUCUACAUGCUCGGCAUCGUGCUAGGCGUGAUCGCGGCGGUGGUCUUGAUCGGUCUCGCAUUGCUAUUGCUGUGGAAGCUGCUGACGACUAUACACGAUAGACGAGAAUUCGCCCGAUUUGAAAAGGAGAGAAUGAUGGCGAAAUGGGACACGGGAGAGAAUCCAAUCUACAAGCAAGCGACUUCCACCUUCAAGAAUCCGACUUACGCCGGGAAAUAACGCGUCUCGAAAUGAAAAAAAGGAUAACGUGAGAUUUAAAAAAAAGAAUCGCAUCGUCACUGGGACGGAAUGCGAUUUCAAAUAAUUUGCAAAUAAUCGCGAAUGCCGAUCGCAUGCGAUUCGACAUCUCGUUUCGAAACUUAGCAAGAGUUUGAACUACACAAGAGCUUCAAACGGCAUAACAAGAUCUAAAGCUAACGGUUUAGCGUAUAUAAUUAUUUAA